CCAACGAUGGCAGGGGUCAACUUCAUAAGUGCGCCAGUUUGUCUUGGUGUAAAUAAUGUAAAUAAUCCAACCUACAAGUAUCCAUCCAAAUGCGCCAGAUCGACUCCCAUUGAACCGACGGAGAUGCCAGUUGGCCCUGCUCAAUCACGAUGGAGUCGUCAACAGCUCACCGUAAGAUCGAGCUGCAGUCUGCAGAAGACUUCACCUACCUGAUCAACAAUGUGCGACGCGCCGCCGCCGAUAGCAUCAACGCGGCGUUCCCGCCCGUCGACGGCGCCGAUGGCCACGGCGACGAACUUCGUACGCAAAUUGAGAAUCUGGUCAACGAGUACAUAACCCGAACAUUCACCCUCGCAGCCCCAAACCUAACAAUCAACGGCCUCCCCGUCGACGACCCUUCCCCCUUCCUCCUCCUCCCCCCCGCGGGGACCGCCGCGCUCUCGGCCGCGGGAGGGGGCCCGGAGGAGCGCCACGAGCCCUUCGACGGGCGGCGGCGCGCGCGCGUCGAGGACCUCGCCCGCGAGGAGGAGGACCUGCUGCGCGAGAUCGCCGCGCUCAAGAGGCGCGUCCCGGUCGCCGCCGCGCGCGACCGCGCCGAGCGCUUCCGCGCCGGCCUGCUCGCCGACGAGGACGCGCUCGAGUGCGCGAGGGCGAGGGCUGAGGCGGGGAGCCGGUGGGGGCGGCGGCUGGGCAAGGAGGAAGACGGGCGGGGGGGUGAGGAGGUGGAGGAGGGCGGAUCCGCCGCCCGCGCGGACGCCUUGUUGGAGCUCGGUCUGCUGGAGAGGCAGGAUGGGGUGGAGGGCGGGUUCGCGGGUGCCGUGGCGGCGUUGGGGAGGCUGAAGAGGGAGUUGCCGGCGACGGUGGCCAAGAUGGAGAGGGCGAGGGUUGCUGGGGAGUAUGUUAUCACCGAGAGGUGAAAGAUGGGAGCAAUAUCCCUCAGUCUCGGCUGGUUUGGGUGUGGCUGGCUUUUUUUUUGAGGGGCGUUUCGGUGUUCAAGGGGUCAAGGGAUGGUUGACGACUUUCGAGUCCUGGGUGCUGUUAUUAUAUCGCGAUUCCGCUGCCCAAUCCUUUACGGAGUGACGCAUGGUAUCCCGUCUAUAACUGUCUAUCUGGCGAGUGCUAAGAUGGCAAGACAAUCAAUCCCCUUUCAGGGACGACAAGUCGGGAAACCCAGCCACUGGUGAAAUUAAACGAUCAUGGGAACACUGCCCCUAAUCCACCCAGAUACCAAAGGACCCAGUCCUCGCUCAGUAU